UUGACAAAUCUGAUGUUUUCUCAAUUUUCAUGUCAAAAACACACAAAUUGCUGACAUAUUUCACGAAAUCGUGUUGUUGAUUAGGUCUAAGUGAAAUCUUCAACCUGGUUGAAAGUUCUUUCCUCUUAUAACGUGGUUUUAAAGAUUCACUAAGAAAAUGAGGCCUGAUGCUCACAAGAAAAAGAAGUCUGCUCAGUACCAAAAGAAAAAUCCCCAGAAGGUCCAAGGGAAAACACAGGCAUCAGGGAAAUCGGAGGGCGGCAAAAAGGAGAAGCCGGGCAAUCCAGACAAACAGUAUGAGCAGAGGUUGAAUAGGAAGGAGGAUGAUAAGAAAGAAAAGGAGAAGCCAGCUGCUGCUGAGGCGGGCGAUUCAGAUUCUUCUGGAUCUGACAGUGAGAAUAAUCAGCCAGUCAGGCGGACAUUUCGACGCAGGAAAGUCGAGACUAACUGGGAGAAAUAUGAAGAGCCAGAAGUUGAUUAUAGCAUUGUCUCCAAGGAAGAACAACUGGAACAAAAGCAGGAGGAAGAGGACUUUCAGCGACAUCUUACUGCCAAAGUGAAAGCACAUUCUCCUCUCCGCCUCCAAGAUGAAGAAGACGAUGAUUCACAUGGUUAUGUCGUAUCUGUCGAUAGCGAAGAACUCGCUGAGGAUUUUAGGAAAACACUACAUUCUGAUGACAUCAGAGGUGAACCCUCCUCUGACAGCAAAAACUUACAAACUGAUGAAAUAAGAGGUGACAGUAGCUUAGAUACACAAUCUCUUAGUGAAUCAAGAGACAGUAUUACAAACUCAAAGUCUACAUCAGACCUUUCUGGGUCGGCUCCUGUUUCAGAGGAAUCUAAAACUGACAAGGAACGAGCUGAAGGAAUUUGCAUUGAUUCAGAGUUGAGGAAUGAUGGAAGAUUGAACUCUUCAGAUGACAAGACAGUUGUUGAUAAAGACGAUGAUGUGUUAGAUUUCUUGCUUUCUCUUGACACACCAGUGGUGACACCUGUACCAAAGACGGAGGAAGCUCAGAAGAUAUCAGGUGACGAGAAUGCAGCCAACAAAAGCAACAAUGUCAACUCUUCCGUUGGAACAAGACUGGUCACAAGGAUAGGGGAAAAGAAGCCUGGAGCUCCCAAGGAAUCAAUUCAGGAUUUAGAAGACUGGUUGGACAGUGUCAUUUAGACAUAUUGGUGAUAAUAUGAAUAAAGACCUGCAGAUGCUUUUACUUUAGUUUUGUACAGAAAGGCCUUGUGUAAAUGUACAUUGAGAUUUAGAUAGAAGCAUAAUUCUUGUCCUUAUUCAUAUCGCCCAAUGUCUUCAUGAUUGUGACUAUGUCUUCAGCGCACCCAAGAAGUGUUUGGUAUACCAGCUCUCUUAGCCAAGAUGCCUUCAAUAAUGUGCAAUAGCCAACUUCUUUUGUUGAUAGACCUGUGAUAAGUUCUGUCUCCUUUAAAAAACAAUUCCUGUUGAUACUGGUGUUGG